AAUGUGUAGACUGUAGUCACUAAAAUGUUAGAUGAUGAUAUGAUCUUUCAGUUUCUUUUUCUCUAUCAUCUUAAACCUCCACUCUGCAUACACAGAUUGCUGCAAGCUGAUAUCAUGGUGUCUAAAACAAAACCCCAAAUCGAGGCCAAGUUUCAGGCAAAUCCUCAGGCACAGGUGGUUUAGUGCAGGAAAGAGCCGUGUCCAGAAAUUUCCAGUCAUCGGGGGCCUGGUAACCCGUAUAACCCAAGUUUUUAGCAGUGCGUAAAAAGUACACAUUCAGUUACUUAGUAAAUCGGAAUUUUAACAGAAUCAUGAUUCUAAAUGACCAGUGUAGUGGUUAAGGCCUCUGCAGAGGCAGGUGGUGCAGCGAAGCAGGAGGCGCACUAAUGCCCUCUGAAAAGGGAGGAGGUAAUCAUCUAGGGGGAAAGUAGAUAAAGUGAAGCCCUCUAUGGAGAGAGGAGAUGAAGUGAAGACCUAUGCGGAGAGAGGAGACAAAGUGAAGGCCUCUAAUGAGAGAGGAGUUGAAGUGAAGACCUAUGCAGAGAGAGGAGACAAAGUGAAGCCCUCUAGGGAGAGAGGAGACACACUGAAGGCCUCUGAAAAGAGAGAAGACACAGUGAAGCCCUUUGAGGAGACAGGAGACACAGCGAAGGCCUCUGAGGAGAGAGGAGACACACUGAAGACCUCUGGGGAGAGAGGAGACACAGUGAAGGUUUCAGGGGAGAGAGGAGACACAAUGAAGACCUCUGGGGAGAGAGGAGACAAAAUGAAGGCCUCAGGGGAGAGAGGAGACACAAUAAAGACCUCAGGGGAGAGAGGAGACACAGUGAAGGCCUCAGGGGAGAGAGGAGACACAGUGAAGGCCUCAGGGGAGAGAGGAGACACAGUGAAGGCCUCAGGGGAGAGAGGAGACACAGUAAAGGCCUCAGGGGAGAGAGGAGACACAGUGAAGGCCUCUACACACCCUGGGAGCAGCAGAGCUUGUAUACUACUUGUAUAUGAACUGCUUGUAUAUAAAGAUGAAUUUUUUUUUAUUAUCAAUUGA